GCUGCCUGUCUCUGCUCCACUGAGGGGUCCUGAGCGUCACUCACAUACACACGUGUGCGCCGUGCUCUCGGUAACCAUGGCGGACCUCCAGAUGAAGCUUCUCCGAAAGAAGAUCCAGAAGCGAAACGAGAAGGACAGAGAGCGCAAAUUGCAGAAGAAGAAGCGGAAAGACGAAGUAACAGGAGAAGAAGGAGAAGAUGUGAGUCUGACGGUGAGCUCAAACGGGCUCCAGGAGGAGGAGGUACCCAGAGAGCCAAAGAAGAAACAGAAAAAGAAGAAGAAUCAGGAGGAGGAAGAGGGACCAGUGGAAGGGACCAGCACAGAGGAAACUCCGAUGAAGAAGAAGAAAGCGAAAAGGAAGCAACUGGCUGAUGAUGCUGAACCUCCAGCCGUGAAAAAGAGCAAAACUGUAAAAGAAGAAGAAGACGAGGGGGAGGAGGACACAGAGGAGGCAGAAGUAGCAGAUGAGAAUGGAGACGCAGCUGCUGACAAACCACAAGAGGAGGAGGAGGAGGAUGAGCCUGAGCUGCCGUGUGGACUCACAGGGGCGUUCGAGGACACAUCGUUUGCCUCUCUCGCCAGUAUAGUGAGCGAGAACACGCUGAAGGGAGUGAAGGGCAUGGGCUUCGAGCACAUGACCGAGAUCCAGCACAAAAGCAUCCGCCCUCUGCUGGAGGGAAGGGAUGUCCUGGCUGCGGCAAAGACGGGCAGCGGUAAAACUCUGGCCUUCCUCAUUCCAUGCAUCGAGCUCAUCUACAAACUCAAGUUCAUGCCCAGGAAUGGCACUGGCGUCAUUAUCCUGUCUCCUACACGCGAGCUGGCCAUGCAGACCUACGGCGUGCUGAAGGAGCUGAUGACACACCAUGUGCACACUUACGGUCUGAUCAUGGGAGGGAGCAACCGCUCAGCUGAGGCCCAGAAGCUCGCCAACGGCGUCAACAUCGUGGUGGCCACACCCGGACGGCUGCUGGACCACCUGCAGAACACGCCCGGCUUCAUGUACAAGAACCUGCAGUGUCUGAUUAUCGACGAGGCCGACCGGAUCCUGGAGGUGGGCUUCGAGGAGGAGCUGAAGCAGAUCAUCAAACUGCUGCCGAAGCGGAGGCAGACGAUGCUGUUUUCAGCCACCCAGACCAGGAAGGUGGAGGACUUGGCUCGCAUCUCCCUGAAGAAGGAGCCCCUGUAUGUCGGGGUGGAUGACAACAAAGACAAGGCCACAGUCGACGGCCUUGAGCAGGGCUAUGUGGUGUGUCCAUCAGAGAAGCGCUUCCUGCUGCUUUUCACCUUCCUGAAGAAGAACCGCAAGAAGAAGCUGAUGGUCUUCUUCUCUUCCUGCAUGUCUGUCAAAUUCCACUAUGAACUGCUCAAUUACAUCGACCUGCCCGUCAUGGCCAUCCACGGCAAACAAAAGCAGACCAAACGUACCACCACCUUCUUCCAGUUCUGCAAUGCCGACUCCGGCAUCCUGCUGUGCACAGACGUGGCAGCUCGAGGGCUGGAUAUCCCAGAGGUGGACUGGAUCGUGCAGUACGACCCUCCAGAUGACCCCAAGGAGUACAUCCACAGGGUGGGCCGAACCGCCAGAGGCAUCGAUGGCCGAGGCCACGCGCUCCUCAUCCUGCGGCCAGAAGAACUCGGCUUCCUGCGGUUUCUCAAACAGGCCAAGGUCCCACUGAGUGAGUUUGAAUUUUCCUGGAGUAAAAUCUCCGACAUCCAGUCUCAGCUGGAGAAACUGAUAGAAAAGAACUACUACCUCCACAAGUCCGCCCAGGAGGCCUACAAGUCCUACGUGAGGGCUUAUGAUUCCCACUCGCUCAAACAGAUCUACAACAUCAACACCCUGAACCUCCCCAUGGUGGCGCUCUCAUUUGGAUUCAAAGUUCCUCCAUAUGUUGAUCUCAACGUGCACAGCGGUAAAGGAGCGAAGCUGCAGAAGCGAGGUGGCGGUGGUGGUUUUGGAUAUCAGAAGUCCAAAAACGUGCAGAAAUCGAAAAUCUUCAAACACGUGAACAAAGGAAAAGGCGACCGGAGGCAGUUCUCCCGCUGAGCCUCGGAUCCUCCCCCUCCUACUUUAAUCCCAUGAACUUCCUGCUUCAGAGCAGUCGGACUAACCCUUCUCCCUCAGACGUCAUUUAUCAGUUUUCAUGCUGAAACAUUGUUUAAAGAUAUUUUUGUAAAUGUUCACAUCUAUUCCCUGUAUUGGCUAUCAAUUGUCCUUUCUUUCUUGUAUUUGCAGCAAAUUAAACCUCUAACAGAUUA